UUUAUCACAGUCAACAAGUGUCGGCAUUUCCCGGACAUUGAUUUUCCGGAUCUGUUUUAUUUGAAUUAUCGCUGUAACGGAUUUUCUCAAUUUUCUAGUGGUUCUUUAGUUCACCAGUUUCUCUGCCUUUUUGUGGUAUCCUAUAAAUAAUUCAAGUGUGUGUGUUAAAAAUAUCGGGGUCGACUUGAAAAAGAGACAAAAAAACAUUUUUUGUAAAAUAAUUUUUGAGUAUUUCCAUAAAUACUCCUUAUAACAGUAAAUUAGAAUUCAACGCCAUGACAUCGAUUCUCAUACUUCUAUUGGCUAUACAAUUUUGCCACAUAACUACACUGGCUAAUCCUGUGGAGACAAUACCACCAUAUGACGACAAUCCUUUACACACCGACUUCUCAGCAAAUGCUUUCAGUGAAUUUUCAAAUGUAGAAGAAAACAACUCCAAUGAUGGAGAUGACAUUGCAGCCCUUAUUAACGGGGCUCAAGACAAUGAUGACAAUACACCUAUGAUACAGUCUACAGAGGAUGAAACAGAAUUGCAAUUCCCUAGACCCAUACAAUGGGUUGGUGUGAAUAAUUUGCGAAAUGCGGUUAUUUUGAGGUUUACCAAUCCCAAUACCAACAAAUAUAACAAGCCGGAUCCAGAGGAAAUCAAGAGAUUAAGAUCGUUACAGGAGAACGCCAUGCGCUGGGGCAAAAGAUCGUACGAAAAUUAUCCUAUAUCCAGAAAUGGUUAUGGCGAUAAGAAUUCUUUGGCACGUAUGGACUUUCAUAGCCAUCAAGUGGUGCGAGAUUCCAGAGGUGAUAAUUUCAUGCGUUUUGGUCGUUCGGUUGGCGGCAGCAAUGGUGGUGAUGAUAAUUUUAUGCGCUUUGGUCGUUCAACUGAUGGAGGAAACGGCAAUGACUUUAUGCGUUUCGGGCGAGCUGGACAUCAGGACUUUAUGCGUUUUGGACGAGGCGGGAGUCAGGAUAAUUUUAUGCGAUUUGGCCGAGCUGCACCCGGGCAAGACUUUAUGCGAUUUGGUAGAGCUGCAGCGGGACAAGAUUUCAUGAGAUUUGGUAGAGCAGCAGCGGGACAAGAUUUCAUGAGAUUCGGCCGAGCAGCACCGGGACAAGAUUUCAUGAGAUUUGGCAGAGCAACAGCAGGACAAGAUUUUAUGAGGUUUGGCCGAGCCCCCUCUGCCCAGGACUUUAUGCGUUUCGGUCGUUCUCCCUCACCUCAAGACUUCAUGCGCUUUGGCCGAGCUUCCGCAGGUCAAGAUUUUAUGAGAUUCGGCCGAACCCCCUCAGCCCAAGAUUUUAUGAGAUUCGGCCGAGGUUCCUCUGCGCAGGAUUUUAUGCGUUUCGGUCGUAGUUCUGCGCAAGAUAAUCAGAAAAAUAAUUUUGUUCGCUACAGUAGACCCGAUAACUUUAUGCGCUUUGGCCGAACACCUGCCCAGCAUUCUGAUUUCAUGCGUUUUGGUAAAAGUGGCCAGAAAACAGAAAAUAAAACCUCCAGUCAGCAGAUGGGUAAAAGUGAAUUGAAGCAGGCGGUUAAACUGAUACACGAAGCCAACAAAAAUGCCGAUAAUGAAAAUCCUGUCGAUAAAGCCAUCAAAGUGUUAUUCGAUAAACACGAACAACAGCACGAUCAACAUCUCGAUAACGAUGAUGAGCCCUCGGCCGACUCUACACAACACGAGGAGCCUUCAGACGAACAAAACGCAGAGUUGGAUUAUUUUUUUAAAAUGUCAAAUUAAUAGGAUCUUGAAACAACGGGCUAACGUCAAUGGAUUUUAAAUGGCAAAAAAGAAACCAGGACUAGGGAAUCUAUGUAAAUAGUAAAGCAUAUUUUAUAUACUAAUAUUCAUAUACAACACACAAUACUUAAGAGACAUAAAGUAGUGAACUUCAUAUUAAGUUUUUAGAGCAAACUUUAUACAGUAUUACCGUAAUGUAGAUGACAAAUCCCAAAAUGAGUGAAUUUUUUUCAACAGGGCUGGAUAGAAAAAUUCACUUUUAUGUAACAAAAACUAUUGAAAACAAAAACUAGUUUUAACAGACAUGUUUAACAUUGUAUUCUUCAUAUGAUUAACCAGAAAAGAAAAACCAAAGAUAUUUAUUGAAAGUUUGAAGAAGAAGAAAAAAACGAAAAUGAAUAAUAAAAACACAAUUUAAGUUGAU